UCGAGCUGUAGUGUUUCCUUGUUCCCGAUAGGAAAUAUCUUUGAAAUUUAUUUUAACAAAUGUUACCUCAGUCGUGACUACAACUGGGCCGACCCUUAUAACACUAGUAACUGCUCCAUGGCAGUAUUUAAUUUGAUAUUGGGUUGUUAAGUGUAUGCUGACAAAUUCAAAGUUCGAAAGCUAAGUUGGCUAACGCUACCAGUAAACUUUUUGGCUAGCAGCAAAGCUAGCUGGCUAGCUGUUUAAUAUUAGCCAGGCUGGCUUUUUGAAUCAGCACCGGACACUCGCACAGCUUCUACCUAUCUCGGAAUAAUGGCGAACCCGGUAUUGUUGCAGAAAAAUAAUGGAAAAUAUCUGUGGUUUUCUCUUCUCGGACUCGGAUUUCGAACAGACACUGCAAUGUCGUCUAUCGCCGGCAAAACCAACAUUAACGUUAAACACAUCAACCUGGGACCGAAUAUGUUUGAUAGACCAAACAAAGAUGCUUUCUACAUAGUAACCAAUUUCCUGUUGGAGAAACUCAAUCCUACACGAUAUCAUGAAGCAUACAGGCAUUGCUGGCCUGUUUUAAACCACAAAGCAGAUGCUGAGUUCCGCAAAGUUACCUGCGCUUGGCUGCGAGAAAUAAUGGAUGAAACUGCAAAUGCGGGAUCCAAAGUGGUUGCUUCCUUGUUCCUCUCCCCUGGAGGCCCCAAGUUUAUCAGCUUGAUGCUUAAUUUGGCCAGUCAUGUCAUGCUGCAAGAAAUGAAGACAUUCACCACAGAUGACAGCUGGGUGCCUGAGGCUGCAGCGAUGCCCACUUCUUCUGUGGACAUGGCAGUGAAAAGACUCAACCUGAUCAGUAAAAGGUUUUUGAAAACUGCAGUGGAUCAAGAUCGUUUUCUCCAGGAGUACCAGAGACAAGCCCAGCUUCUGGUGAAGUCUGUGAAGGAUAUUGGAGAAGAGGGUACCAAGUAUGACGAGCUUCUCAAGCGUCACAACAGUGAUUCUGCACAGGAGGCAGCUCUUCCAGCUGAGAAGACCAAAAAGGUGCGCUCCUUGUGGUCAGCCAUUGAUGAAAUGCUGUCGACAACCAAAGAGGAGCAAAAUUCAGUGGAAAGUGUUUUGAAAGGGGAUGUAGACCAAUACAUCCUGGAUGGGACCGAUCGAGUCCUCAAAAUUCCCCAGAGUCUGCUGGAGAGAAUUGAGCAGCUCCCACAUCAGUUGAGCUCAGGGAACGUGUAUGAGGUCGGCCAGCUAAACCUCCUGUGUGUGUUGGAGCUGGCAAACCACACGCUGCAGAUCCUCAGGGAGGAGCGUUGUCGGCUGUCUCAUGCCCCAAAGCCCCAGCUCAGUCCUCGGGACCUGCAGGUGAAAUGUCAGCAGAUGGCCCGUGUGCUGCAGGACCUCCAACUCAUCAGACAGAAGAUUUCCAAGGAAGAAAUUCCUAAGGUCAGAAGUACCAUCGGGGAGUUGGAGGCUGAGUGGGACAGGAAGUGGAUAGAUACCCUCAAAGUCACACCCCUAGUCUCUUUUCUGAAUGAAGAUCCUGCUCUUGGCUUCCUCUCACCAAUGGCUCCACUGUCAUUUGAGCCGGCGGUCGGAGCCAACUACAGAAGUAGUGUCUUCUCCCAGUAUCCCGCUAAACUUCUUGAGGAGAAGCUGAAAGAGAGUGAAUCACACAAAGGUGUCAACCCAAGUAAUUCUAACCUGAAAAGCAGCUCUUGCCCUGCAGCAGCUGAGAGGACUCAAAGUCCCAUUGUCACCACUGAAGCAUCAUCGCGAGCGAAUACUUCUCUCGACUGGCUUUUCGACACUCCUCCUUCCCCUCCUCUGAGGGCUACACCUGUGCUGCCACCUGAGGCCAGUGUGAAGAAGAUGACAAGUGUUCAGCCGAAGGUGGCUCCCAUGAGGACCAAGACUCAGAUACUAGACAUGGAGUGUGAUAACCUUGCUGAUCAGUUUGCAGAUGCUGUAACUACAACCAGCCCCACAGAAGGUACGGUCAAAGGUGUGGACCUGGAGGGUCUUCUCAGCACUCUUCAUGGAGAUCCCUUCUCUACUCGAAAGCAACUGCCACGUACCCCUGAAAGCCUCAUUAUGGAUGUGAAAAGCUCAUGGCGGAAAGCAAUGGAGGAGGACAAAGCAGAGAAAAUCAGACGGUCAGCAAAGUUUAAUGACAGCAUAAAGGGGCGACUUGCUUCCCCUGAGAAGCCUCACGAUGUGUUGCUGAGCUCUGAUGUUCCCUCCCAGAGUGUCUCCUGCAGUAUCACUUCUCCUGUCACAAACCACAGUAGCCCCCCUGUCUGCCAGCAGAGGGUCUUACUGAAGUCCUCUCUGUUGUGGGACACCUUCAACACUGAAGCCCUCGACAGCCCGAGUGGCACAGGGAGCAGUGCCGUCCAGUUCAGUCUUGACCAAGAAACUCUCCCUGAAAUGCCAAGCUGUGACAGUCUGCUGAGCCUUGACGAUGAGGCAGUGGAUAUGAAGAGUGAGGAGGAGGAUGAGCUCCUCAUCCCCUCCCUGAAGACUGAAGCAAAACAUUCGCCACUAACUAUGGCUUGUCAUCGGGGUCUAAUCCAGAAGGCGUGUGCUGACGGUUCCUUCAUCGAAAGCAGAAAGAGGACACCAGAGUUCCUUGGGUCAGGUCACAUGGUUUCUGGUUUGGACAGAGACUGGCUCAUGGAGCCUGUAAAGUCAGUGGAAUCCUCAGACAAGGUCUUCUCACUGGACCUAGACACACUGGAGACACCCUCACCCCCAAAGAAGCAGGAGUACAGCCUCCCAACACUGAUCACAUUCUCCCCGAUAGAUGACAUGAAGUGUUAAUUGCAUUCAUAUCAAAAUCACUUUUCAGCCUUUGUCUUAAACUGUCUGCCUUGGUUUUAAUAGAUGUGUAAUGUUACAAAUAUUUGUUCAAACAACUGUACAUAGCUGUGAAAUAACUUAACUGUCAUAUACUAAUUUAGUUUUCUGUGCAUGAGUUUAUUGGUUUUAAUUUAAAAUAGUGAUAUGAACUGC